AUGAACAAACCGUUUCUUGUCUUUAUCUUUUUGUUGUCUACAAUUUACGGCUUGUAUGAGGAGUUUGUUGAAAUCGACAGAGUAAAGUUAAAUCUUGUUAAUACAGCUUUGAGAUUCAAAUUCGAAGGAAGUGUGAAAAAUUCAGCUUUGUAUCUGAACCCAUUGUAUCAGUUAGCAGCAGACAAUCAUGUGGUACAUCUAGAAUUGUCGACUUCUCAAGGGUUUUGGAGGUCGGAUCUGUUUGGACCUGCCAAGUAUUCUAACUUUGUCAGUGGAGUUCAGAUAAUAGCGUCGUUUGAAGAUGGUUAUGAGUAAGAAGACGUUGGUUUUGUUAUUUGUGUUUUAGAAGUAAUUUUCAUUGGAAGCGAUUGGUGUCACAGCUGAAUGGGUUGUUGUGUACAGCAGUGUUAUCUAUUGGUGGUGUUCUUCAUGCAAAACCAACAUUAUCCACUCAAUAUUGGAGUCGUAACCAGUCUAACUUGUUCUACGGAGCUUUUACAGGAGAUGGAAUUUGUACAGAGAAUAUUGAUUCGUUCAAGAAAUUGCUGCCGUGUCAAAAUGUAUGUAUAAUAUUGACUUAUUCAAUACUUUACUGAAUGAAAACAAGUACACAGAAGUUAUAAGUAAAAUUUAUUUAUCAAGUGUGAUUUUAGAGUGGAUUUACAAGACUGUUAGGCUCUCCGAAAUACCUUUAUGAAACAAAGUUCACAACCGCAGGUAUAUCAGUUGACAGAAUAGAUGGCAAUUGGCAUGGAGAAGUUUUAUUUUCCUUCUUAAUGCCGAUUGGGGGACGAGGUAAGCACUUGUGUACUAAAUGUGUAUUAUCUGUGUCUAAAACAAAAUCUGUAAUUAAUUUUAGGUACUAAGUUCAGCUCUAUAUUUGGAUCGACCUUGUCUUCUACUUGUCCCGUUGCUGACAAUAGCUAUAUCACAGUAGAUGGAGAGUCUAAGAGUGUUAAAAACAAUGAAUUAAAUGCCACUAACAGGGAUUGGAAUGUAAAGUUUGGUCAAGUGUCAUCAAAAGAAGCUGACCUUCGGUUCUUUUCGUUUACAAGGUACAAAAACUUGUUAUCUGGUAGCUUUUGUUCCGUAGUAAAAAGUAAGACCGACAAGAAGGUGUUGUACACGCAUCUGAUCCCAUGGGAGAUCAGCGUAUGGUUCAGUUCUAUCAGCGUAAAGUGCGGUAAUCAGGUAAGCAGCAUAAAAGAUAAUGAGCAAAUUGCCCGCAAUUUAAUCUUGAUUCUAAAUUUACGUUGCAAUAAAUCGAUUUUUCAGGCCAUCGACGCCAAGAUACGAUCAACCCCUGCUGUACUACGAAAGUCUCCCACCCUAAUUGAGAUUGAAUUCGAAGUGAAAGCCCACCUGAAUUGUCAAGUUUCGUUCGAAUUUGAAAAGUCAUUCCUUUAUGCAAAUGAAUAUCCGCCUGAUUCAAACCACGGAAUUACAGUAUCCGGAGCUGUGUUAACCCUAACUGACUCUCCUUCUACAAGAUACUACGCUGAGCCAACUGUAAUUACAUUACCCUCUCCUGAUGUUACUAUGCCUUACAAUGUGGUCUGCUUCAUUGGCACGUUCGGAGCGUUGAUCUUCCAAAUAGUAUUCACUUUUACUACGCAAUAGUAAGUUAGUAUGACAGAAGUUUAAUACCUAUUUUAGUCAAACAAUCAUAAAGCCGGGUCCAUCACGUAUCAGGAAGCUCAUUGGCAGGAUAAAAGAAACGAUUAAUAAGGCCAUAAAAUCUUAA